AUGUCUCUGCCAUCUCCGUCAGUUGAUUUGAGCUCCUACCGCGACCAACAUUUCAAGGGUUCAAGAGCCGAACAAGACCGUUUGCUCCGAACAUCAACGACCCUCUACGUCGGAAAUUUGUCUUUCUACACCACGGAGGAGCAGAUCUACGAAUUAUUCAGCAAAUGCGGAGACAUUAAGCGCAUUGUUAUGGGCCUGGACAAGUACAAAAAGACGCCCUGCGGGUUCUGCUUUAUGGAGUACUACCUCAGAGUCGACGCCGAGCACUGCAUGCGGUACGUCAACGGCACCAGGUUGGACGACAGAAUUAUUAGAACUGACUGGGACGCGGGAUUCAUCGAGGGGAGACAGUAUGGACGAGGAAAAACUGGUGGACAAAGAUGA